AGCUUUAAGAUCAGAGAUCAGAUCAGAUCAGCUCGUGCGUCUCAGUCCCAGCAUGAACUUAUCAAAAUCGGACAGCUUUACACACAAAACGAUACCGGUUUAAUUCACAUGUGAUUACAAAACAAACGCCGCUGGACGCGGCAGCGACGUCCAGCAUCAGAUCGUACUGAUGUGUGUCUUUAAGGAAAUGAGCAUCGCGUCGGAGGAGUGGAGCAGGUGGGUGUUUCUCUCACUGAGCAAAACAAGCUUCGGACGGCUUGCGCGGCGUUUCCCUGCAGGAAGCGGCUCCGUUCAGCUCACACGGGCUCGUUUAUUCGAGUGUGUCCUGACGCUCUGCUACUGUCGACUACUGCGCUUUCAGCCCGACACGAUGCUGCAGCUGAACGACUCCAUGGAGCCCGAGAGUCCUGGGGCCGCAGUGCUACACGCAGCCGAGGUGGAGGACGGGGUGGAGGUUGCCUUCACGCCGCCUGCGGCCCGUCACAGUCGCGGCUUUGAAGCCGCCGCCGUAGCCUGCUGCUCCCCGCUACAGAAACUCACGCCUUUUCGCGUCCACAACCCAACGAUGCAGGCGAAAGUCAAGGAUUACUUCGUGUUUAGGCCAGGAACCAUAGAGCAAGCAGUGAACGAUAUCCGCACAGUGGCCUUGCCUUCAGAAGAUGGGGAGGUUCUGAGUGUGUGGCUUUUGGCAGAAAUUGAUCACUGGAACAAUGAAAAGGAGAGACUAGUGCUGAUAACGGAGAGAUCCUUGUUGGUUUGCAAAUAUGACUUCAUAAACUUGCAAUGUCAGCAGGUCAUCAGAAUUUCCUUGAAUGCCGUGGACACAAUUUCAGUCGGGGAGUUUGAGUUUCCCCCCAAAUCUCUCAACAAGAGAGAAGGCACUGGUGUCCGUGUACAGUGGGAUAAACGGCCGAGGCCUUCAUUCCUAAACCGUUGGAACCCUUGGUCCACAGACAUGCCCUACGCCACGUUCACAGAGCACCCAAUGGCCCACGCUGACGAAAAGGUGGCUUCCCUCUGCCAGCUGGAGAACUUUAAAACUCAGCUUAUCCAGGCUGUAAAGAAGGCCUACAAGGAGUGCCCUAUCCCAGGACGGGCCAACGGGGUGCUGCUGCUGGAGCGGCCCCUCCUGAUAGAGACUUACCUUGGCAUUAUGUCCUUCAUCAACAAUGAGGCCAAACUAGGCUACUCCAUGACCAGAGGCAAAAUUGGCUUCUAGUGCCCCCUGCUCACCAACCUGGCAUCACCACUGACUGGUAUUACUACACUCAAGAAUGUCAAGCAAAGCAAACCCUUUUGUGUCGCUUGCCAGAUUUCAGUGGGGGUGCCCUCUCCACCCUGACAGUAUGUGUCACUGACUCUGCAGCAUGUGCCUGGAAGCAUCUGAUGCCAACAUUGAUGCCUGCUUACUGGGCAGUUCCAUCCAGCCCCCCCCCCCCUCUGUGCCCCACAACCUACCAAAUGGAUUUUUAGAGAGUCUGUUUGAUAAUGUGGGAUGAGUUGAAGUACGUGAUGGCUGAUGGAGCUUUGUAUGUAGCAGUGGUAGAAAGGGAUGAACAUAUAACAUGUCUGCCAUAAUAACAUUUGGCACUAGCCAUGAAAAAUUUGACCUGAGUCCAAUUUAACUUGUCCUUUUAUUAGCAAGCUAGGAUAGCAGUCUUAGGCCUUUAAAAGGAUCUUAACAGUCAUAAAUCUCUUUCAAACACGUGACCCUCUGUGCUUUUUUUGUGUUGAGAUGUCAAGUCAUUCUCUCACAGUGAUAUGAAACCCUGACAGUAAGAAAAUGUUCAUUAUCAUUAAGAAGGUGAAUAGCCAUAAUUUUAAGUAAUUUAAAUCAAAAACCUACAGCCAGUUCCUACCUGCUCACUUUUGAUUUUCUUUCUAGACCUUUUAAGGUAGCAGCCCUUUGAGUGUCUGUUACUGUGGAAUUAUGUAAUGUCAUCCAUAAGCUUAUGGGGCAGAAAUUAGACCUUAGUGCUUGUUAGAAAAGUAAAAUUGUUAGUAUUAGUUAUCACCAACUUUAAAUUAUGUAGGAGGCACGUGUAAUUUCAGCUAAUGUGAUGAGAGUUGGGACGGUAUGUAAUAUGGUUAAAAAAAAAAAACGGAAAGCAAAGAAAAUUGACCUAUAUUAAACUGAAAAUGGUACAAAGCACAGUUUGUCUUAUAAAUUUUCUGUAAGUAUUUGCUCCAUGCAAAUAUGCUGCCUGCAUGUUCCAAUAAGUCAGGAUAGGAGCAUAUUUACCACUGUGUUACAUUUUCCUUCUAACAGUAUUUAAUCAUUUCAGACUCAAGAUACUAAUUGAUCCAGGUUUGAAAGUGUACUUUUUUUUUUUUUUUUGGCUUUUGAACUUCGCACUGGUAACAAUUGGAUGUUCCUUUUCUUCUUUGCCCUGGAGAACACAACGUCUGUUAUUUCCGUUAUUAUAAACAAUCUGAAAGGUUGACAUAUCACAACGUUUCCAGUGUGCAUCCGUCUAUUUCAAAUGAGCUCGAUCCCAGAAAAGUCGGCAGCAUUUCUAGAUGUUAUUGACAUACGGCUUCCAUAGUGCAUAGUAGUCUCAACUUGCAUUAGUGGAUGUGAACAGAUGCAGUGAACAGUCAAAGUAUUCUCAAACCCAUUUAGUGAUGUCUAUCACAGAAGCAUGCUGGUGGUUUAUGCAGUGCCGUCUGAGAGAUUGAAGGUCAUGGGCCGUUGUGGUUUUUGUCCUUAUGUUUUUUUUUUUUAUGCAGAUUUUUCUGGAUUCCUGGAUUCUUUUGACAGUAUUAUGCACUGUAGAGGUGAAAUACCUAAAACCUUUGUAAACACGAUGAGGAACGUUGGACUAUUUGCAGAUGCAUUUUUAUCCUUACUCUAGGCCUUUCCAGGAUGGUACUUGUAUACCCAAACUUGGGUACAUCACCUAUUCUAAAAUGUUUACUAUGCAUUUAACAUUUGCAGUCCUAAAUUGCUCAUGCCCCAACUAUUUUGGAACAAACUGUAGGCAUUGAUGUCAGAAUGACACAUAUUUACAGAAAAACAAUACUGAUAUGGUAAAAUAUGUUGUCUUUUUGCAUUUAAAUACUGGUCAAAGCAGAAUUACAAACACUGCUUCUUGUUUUAAUUUUCAUGUGACAUACGGUCACAACUUUUUUGGAACUUUGUAAGCAACACUGAAGGAGCCUGGAAGCAAAAGGCUGAUUAAUUGUUUAUCCCCAUGUAGCGCACCUUAAAUUGGGUGCACUGACUUUUUUUGAGAGAGAGAGAGAGAGAGAGAGAGAGAGAGAGAGAGAGAGAGAGAGAGAGAGAGAGAGAGAGAGAGAGAGAGAGAGAGAGAGAGAGAGAGAGAGAGAGAGAGAGAGAGAGAGAGAGAGAGAGAGAGAGAGAGAGAGUCAUUUCUGCAGUGAAUCAAAUUUAAUUCAAUUGAAUAAACUCAAUAGGCCACAGAAUUGACUAAAGCAAAACAUGACAAUUACAGCUAGGUAAUUAUUCCAGUGAAAUAUGGCUGUUUGUAAAGUUUUGUUCCCAACUUAUUCCACUUCUGGAUAUAGGCUCAGAAACAUAUUCAUAACAGUUGGAACAGAUAAGCCGUUUAUAAUUAAUUAAUUUUACCGUUGUGCUCACUGAUUAUAAAUACGAACCACAAAGAUUAAUACAUAUAGUUAAUACUAUAUAAAGCUCCACAUUUAAAAAUGGAUUUUUGGUGGCAUUACCAUUAUAAGACUCAACAACCUUUGGUGUGUCUCAGCUUUAUUAUUCAUUGCAUUUCCUUACCUCAAAGUAGUAACAUCAACGCAUGUUUUAUCAGUAAUGUUAGGAAUAAGUCAUAUCAUCAAAUUUGACAGUGACUUUGUGAUUUUUUUUUUUUUACCUUAUGUUAUUCCCUGCUCAGGUUAGGUUAAUAUACCUGCUCAAAUGUUAUUAAAAAAGUUAAAGCAGAGUUGUUUAGCUUGGAGAUGAAUAUGGGUUCUCAGAUGCGUCUUUGCCUGUGCUCAUUUUUAUUCAUGCCUUUUUUCUUUUUCUUUUCCCUGCUUUCACUUCAGUGUUUAGUGAUGUGUUUGUACCAAAGUCACAAUGGUGGCACUGUUUCUGAAGUGCUCAACUAAGUCAGGUUCUUCUUAUUUUGGUAAAAAUGUAUAAAGUUUUGCAUGUCAUCUAUGCAUGCCGUUUACUGGGUGUAAAAAGUCUGGUUUUAUGCAUAUGACAUUUGUAGUCAUGGCUUCAAAUUACCCAUUACAGCUUUAAAACAUUUUGGCAGAGAAAAUUUAUAAUAAAGACUCAUACGUGCAAGAUUAAUAACAGUAAUCAGUUUUUCCACAUCUAACUGAUGGGGUGGUUUCUAAAACCCAAGGCAGACCUGGCGUUAGUCAUUCUACUGCAACAUUUUUCAAGAUACAGAUUUCAAAAAUGGAUUUUUGAAAACAGCCUCAGAGUUAUAGUCUUAAUUUUGUUGCCAUUACUGCUGACAUCCGUCCUUUGGGUUUAUACUGUAACAAUGUGCCCAAAGUAAAUAAAAUGACUACAUUCUUUUA